AUGCACAAGCCGUCCACCUCCAAGCUGCCAAAACCAGAGAGAAGCAUCACAAAUGACACCGCAACUUCCGUACCUACAGCAACACCCUAUACCUCCCGCCGCGCCAGAGCCGUUGCUCCCGCGAAGCCACCGCCACCCACUGCUCUCCUCCCACCGCGGAAGCCCGAUCAGACGCCUGCCGAGCCUACAGCAGCAGCAGCAGCAGCAGCAGCGGGCGCCAAGGAUGAUGAUGGUGAUGAUGAUGAGGGCACCACGGCGCCCCCCCGGGUACCGUUUGUCUGCACCUUCUGCCACCGCGUCUCGGCCGACAGGCCGCACGCGCUCGGCCGCUCGGCGCGCCUGGCCUGCGGGCCCUGCCGCGACGCCGUGCUGGACCUGGCCAUCUGCUGGGUGUGCGGGGAGGUCGUGUACCGCGGGUCCGAGUGCGUGAGCCUCGGGUGGUGCUUCUGGCACGCCGCGUGCUACGGGUGCCUGUUCUGCGGGGCGAAGAGGGUCGUCCGCGGGGCGAGCGUGGGGGAGGUGUACCGCCGCCGUCGUCCCCGGUCGGGUGUGCAGGGUGACGAGGAUGAGGGGGCCGGUGGUGGCGGUAAGAGGAGGGAAGUUGGGGAGGUGCCGCUUUGCGGGUACUGUGCUGCUGGGGUCGAGGAGCAAGGGCUGGAUGGGGACGGGGUGGUGAGGAAGGGGUUGGAGAGGGUUGAUGCGGCUGAUGGGGGACUGAGUCGGAUGCGGUGGGAGGUGCUGGAGAAGGAGAAGGGGAGGGGGAAGAAGGACGAGAGGGAAAAGAAGAAUGAGAGCGAAAAGAAGACUGAGACGAGAAUGCCAGUGGGUAAGGCGAGGAGCAAAGAGGUUGGCAACGGGAGGCAGAGGACUGGUCGGGUGAUCGAGGAGCGUCUACGGCGGUUUCAGGCGGACGGAGCAAGCAGUGGUGUUCCGGCGGUGCGAGCACGGGACCAGCCCGGGUGCCCGGUGCCCCUGGCGUCUACGAUAUAUGUCUCCCUACAUGAUCCGCUUGGGCAACCUGCUUUCAAGCCAGGUUUGGCGAAGCCUGUGCCCAGGUGGAUGCAGUAUCUGCCCAGCAAUAGGGGCCUCCGGACGAUUGGAGGACAGCCAGCAUCGCCGUCCGUGCUAGACAGGCAUUUCCCUCGACACCCUCGUCCGGAUGCUAGUAUGAGCUAUCCCUCCUUUGCAGGGCAUCAGGGAUCGUCUCCAGACUCACGAGGCCAAGUGCAGGCCAGCGCAGCGUUCCUAAGCCCGACUGAAGCCGAUACAUAUAAGUCUUUCAUACUCGGCCGCAGAAGUCCCUUGAUCAGAGAGGAGCCUUUGGUGCGCCCUUCGUCACGACAAGGCGUGCGUACUUUCGUGGAGGACGAAGGCUCUGCGGUAACACCGUCGGCAUAUGCUACGCCGCCAGAGUAUCCAGGGUCACAGCUGUCCGGGGGGGAGGAGGAUGGGAUUUCCCAGAAGCACACGUCUGAGGAAGAGACCAGAACAAAGAGGCAGCCUACUCAUUCUAGGCUUCAACAGCCAAGGGAGGCCGGGAAAGGCAACCCCUUACCGCGUGUCAUUUCAGCGAGAGCAACCAAGGUUUAUCGAGGGACCAGAGAACUGGAACCGCUUGGUGGUCCAAAGACGGAGAUUCCACCUGAAUCAAAUGACAGAAUCAUGCCGAGUGAACUUAGGGGACAAAGGAGGAUGGCCUCACCCAGUCACUCGUCAGAAUUUCUUGAUCGGUAUGGUACGAGACGCCCAGCUCUCCCGCGGACAGUCCGACCAGCAGGCGUACAGAUGAGGCAGAAUAAGAUUAAAGACAACUCUGCUUCUCAGUACUGA